AGUUUGUUACAUGGCAGUGUAGUUUGUCAUUGUGGAGUAGAGAAGACGAUGUCUUCUCCCAGUGCAGAGGACGUUGUACAGGCCAUUUAUCACAUUCUCGAUCCUGCAACAGAUCCGGGCACAAGACAAAUCUCCCAUCAGGUUGUUGAGCAGUUCAGGACGAAAACCGAUGCUGCAAUAUGCAUUGAUCUUAGCUAUGGGAUCUUCUCGAUGGAAGGCGCUGCAAGCUCAGUGCGCUUCAUGGGCAUGCAGCUCUUGCACGACUGUGUCCAGCAGCGAUGGCAAGAACUCUCGGACGAUGUCAUUCUCCGUCUGAAGCAGUACGCUGCUAAUCUCUUCACAGAGGCUCUGGUCGGAAAUGACAAUGUAGUCAAACACGGCGUGUCGCUGUUCAUCGUGGAGCUAAUCAAGCGCAUCUGGCCCCAGUGUUGGCCCAACUUGAUGGCGGAGAUGUUUGAUGCCGUUGACCGUGAUGACUCUGUCCUUGACAUUGUGAUGUUGGUGCUGGAGCGUCUGUCGCAAGACAUCGGGGAGGGCGACGCACACCUGUCCAGUAGCCGACGCCAAGAGCUGAAGCAUUCGCUGUCCAAGUGCUGCACGGACGGCGCUCUCUUCCGCGUCGUGACCUUCAAGCUGCUACAGCACACCUCACCCGAGCAUGUUUAUGAUCCUGUGCACGGGUACCUUGCACGGCGAGUGCUCUUGACUCUUGCCGCAUUCCUGGAGUGGUGUCCGCUGAAGCCCUUCUUUGCCCACGACUAUCAGCUACUGGAGAUGCUCUGCAGUCUAGUCUCUCAGGAAUCACUUCGCCUGGAAGCUGUCGAGUGCUUGAUUGCCCUCGCCGAGCGUAAAGGUGUUGAACAGGAGGACCGACAAGCUACACUGCUGCUCUUUCAACGCACGCCUAUGGAGAUUUUCCUUCAAGCUGCAUCAACCAGCGGUUUGAACACGGCCGCCGGAAGCAAGGCUCUUGACUCCUAUGGCUUUCUCAAGCGUCUGUGUACGCUGCUGCUGCGCAUGGGGACUCACCAGCUCUUGUUCUUGUGGGGCACAAAGGAUAAAGCAGGAGUGAAGGCCAGGCCAGGAGUUGGUGAGCCAGAAAACUUCGCGCUAUACCUGGACAUAUUGCUGGAGUUCCUGCAGCACGACAGUCUGUACGUUUGCAACCAAACCGUGGCCACUUUGCCCAGCUUUCUCAAUCACGAGCUCGUCCGGGAGUCACCCGCGCUCAAAGAGCGCCUGCCAAAGCUCCUGUCUGUCUGCCUGCGUCUGCUUGUGAAGCCCGAUGCUCCGUUUGAUUGCACCUCAGCACGUAGCCUGUAUAUUGCUGCUGACUUUGUCGACGGCUUGGAUCUACACAAGUUCUGGGCAACGUUUCGAAUUCUGGUGAUGGAGGUUUUAGGCAGUCUGACACUGCUGAUACCUCACAACGUGGCUGAGCUCAUUGCUGUGAGUGUAACAGACUUGGUGCAAGCGUGCAAUGGUCAACAAGCCGGUCUUACAGCUUCAUCACCGCUUGUGCACCAAUGCGAAGCUGUGCAGUCAUUCGCUGACAAAUGCUCCUCAGUGCUGGCAAAGCUUCCUUCUGGUCAGCGGCCCGACAGUGCCCUUCUAGUUCUGCCGUUGGAGACGGUCCUGGCCUGGGAAGUGUCUAGUAGCUUGCUGAUAGUGAGGUAUCAGAUUGCAAUGCUGGAGUCUCUGUUUGUGAUGCUGGAGUUUGCACCCGCAAUGCUACAGGCCGUCCUACAGAAGCUUUUCAUGACCACGCAAUUACCAUCUGCACUGGCGCUUCAGGAGAGAGAUAUUGAUGCCCAGCGAAUCAGGGGAGGAAUGGGUUUCGUUCGCCUGUGUGAUAUGUAUGCCCACGCCAUGGCGCAACAGUCUCUGCUGGAUGGUGCGUAUGAGAUGGUCAAAGCACAGUGGGACACCAGUACUAUGCGACUGCGCCAGUUCUUCUCCGAAGGGUUGAUGUGUGCCUGUAAGGCCCUACCAACGUUUGAGCAGCAGCAAACUGUCGUCAAUAUGAUACUACAACCAGCGUGUGACAUUUACCUAUCGGACGCUGUUCAAAGGGCCGUUUCAUCACCUGCUGAAUUUGCAGAGUUUGUGGGCAUGAGUUCGUCUGCCUGUGGAGCAAGUCCAGAAGUGAAGGAGUUACACACGAAGCAACGUAUCAACCUGGCGUUUGCGGCGCAUGUGCUGACGAUAAUCACGAAGAGGAGUGGCAAUAUGAUGUACUUGCGACAAGCCCAGUCAUCAGCAGGUCUUGCCGGCAUUGGCAUUGCAUUGGCUGCAACUAAUAGCGGCGGCAGCGCCAUCACGGCUAAUCCCGGCUGGCAGCCUGUGCAGCAACUUCUUCCGCACGCCUUCCGCAUGAUCAGUACUUUGAGUGAGUUUUCCAAGCCGGAGAAUCAAGGUCUGCUUGGUGCUGACUUUGAACAUGCGUUUGAGCUGACACUUUCUGACAAAGCUCCUCUUCUCGGCAUCGACAACACUCAGCCUGAGUUCAAGAGCAGGGUCAAGGAAACUCCAGUCACACCUAUUCAGAAAUGCCUUUACCUGCUGUACGAAGCUUGCCUGUCUGCAAUUGGCACAUGUGGCCGGUCGUUUGGAGGUCUGUUCUAUAGCAUGCCCGGUGUGGCGGAGCAAUUCCAGCAGCAGUUGAUGCGCAACAUGCUUACCAUGCCCUGUCUCUAUCUGAAGAUGCUCAUCCGUAUGUGCCUAGCUCGUCUUGUUCUCAACUGUCCACCUGAGUACUUCUCAACGUUUCUCCACCCUGUCCUAGCGUUGUUCUUCAAUGUCAUUGUGGAGAGAAUCAAGCUGGAGUGGACCAAGACAGUAAGCCGCCAAGGCGAUCUGGCCGCCCAUUCCGAAGACGAUGGCUUCGAUGAGCAGAUGGAUCGCCUGUGCCAGGCGGAGGUCAUUGAUGACUUUCUGGCGCGCAGCUUGCUCAAAGACAUUGCAUGGUUCUGGGUGCGGCUAUUCCCUGACAGUGGGAACACUCAGUCUAUAGCUCAGACUAGUGGCACCGCCGGGAACAUUCAGACGAGUAGUGGCACUGCUGAGCCAGCGGCAUCGCACUCAACGGCGAUGGACGAAGACGAUGAAGAGGCACCGGCUGGUAGUGACAAUUCGCUGCAGGAGUACAUUCUAUCGACGCCGGCUCUGUGUCAACCCGUGCUGGCCUCAUGCCUGACCGGACUCGUUUUCCCUGAUGCUAACUUCUCCAACCGAGCUGGCAAUAUCCUUAUACACAUACUGGCAAAGACGGCAGACCAGUGGGCACCUCAUCCCAAUAGCUAUCAACAGCUACUGGACCCAGUAUUGCAGGCCAUCAAUGUACACGGAGAACACGUUGGGAACUUUUCUACGUAUAUCCACCUACUCAUGGUCCUUUAUCCUAGGAUGUUGGAGGUCAGUGAAGACACAAUCACGUCUCUGCUAGCGCGAUUGCCCGGUGUCAGCCAGGAGAUGUUGACGGACUUGCGCAAGAGCUUCUCCACAGCGUGUAAGGUCAAGAAGCGGCGGGACUUCUUGCGUCGUGUGCUGGACGGUGUUGUUGGGAAAUCCACCAGUGAGCAACACAAACUGGCCGUGCCCGAAUCGUUUUUGCCACGCCUGCAGCUGCCUGGCUCCAAGUCCAUGGCGGAGGCAGAGGUGGAGAACCAUGUCGACAAUGUCUUGCUCCUGCCAGACCUUGGCUUGCCGAACCUCUUUGGACCACAGGACUAGGAACCUCUUUGCACCACAGGACUAGGAAUGUCUUUGCUAUCAGCUGUGUGAUGAAGGCUGCAAAUGCUGCUCUGUUGUGUUUUGUACCACCUUGGAGUACGGUUUCUAACGUUAGUCCCCACGAUCUGGCCAGGAUCACCAUCGACUGCAGCGAGAACGCUGUCGAUCGAGUGGACUUGCCUGGACGGCUGCUUUCGAAAGCUAAGCUUAUACUUGGGGCCGUGAUUACACCGCUGGCCAACCAGAAAACCAGCACCGUUUUGCGUGGUACCUGUUUAGUGCUGCUGGCAGCACUUCAAUCAGAACCGAGGUGUGUUUACUGCUAGGCACCUGGGAUUGUAUUCCACUGUCUGACUCCUCUAUUCUGUGCAGCGGGACCCGUGGCACCCCUUCACAGUGCGGUGUCCGCGUGCCAGCUGAAUUUGGACUCUUUCUCUUAGGGCUGGCUGGCUGGCUGCAGCCAGGUUUUGUUGAACUCACUGGCCCAGGGCUGUACACAGUGCUUAGGUUCCAACAUAUAACUUGCACUAUCCCAGUGAGUGGGAAAUGUCAGUGUGCAGUUCUUCUUAUCUAGCUGAUGUCUCCUCCCUAUACAAAUACAAACGCAGCGAUUUUUGAUUUCACGACUGCGUUUUGCAUUUAAAAAACAAAGCAUGGAUCUAUACAAAACAAACUAUCUAGGUUCACUUCUUUCCUUUUCCCACUCAGCUUUGCUGGCUAGGUUUUCUGGUUCUACCUCCCAAGUACGUAUGUACGUACGUGUGUACAUGUGGACUUUUUUUAAAAUAUUUUUUUGUAUGUAUGACAUCUCAGAAUUCACCUUUAGUUUUACAAAACGCAUUUUAGCGUUUCAGCGUACUAGUAUAUGUACAGA